UUUGAUACAACAUCACAACCUUUUCGCCUUACUUGUAUAUUCUUGUUGUCAAAUUAAUUAAAGACAAGAAAUACAUCCAGUUCAUUUGAAUGGCAGCCACAAACACAAAAACCCAACCUCCAUCUAAAGACGAUGAAAUGUGGUUUGGUUUUCCAAUGCACUUUUAUCAGGGAUUUUGGCUAGAAAAUAUGAUUUCUGAAAAUGUAGACACUUUUCAAACUCAUUUUCAAGCUAAUGAUACAGAUAUCAUUUUAGCUAGCCUUCCCAAAACUGGCACAACAUGGUUGAAAUCCUUACUUUUUACCAUUUUUAAUAGGAAAUUUUAUUCUGAUGUUUCUAAACACCCUUUGCUCACUACAACCCCUCAUGAACUUGUCCUCCAACUGGAGUUUGACGUUUACAAAAAUAGCCUUGGUUGUAACCCGCCAAAUCACACUGAAAUACCCUCACCUCGACUCUUUGCUACCCAUAUACCAUAUCUACCUUUGCCGGAAUCUAUCAAAACCUCCAAAUGCAAAAUUGUUUAUGUUUGUCGAAAUCCUUUUGACAAUUUCAUUUCAUUUUGUAAUUAUUGGAUUCAAUUCAAUAUCAAUGAGGGCAUUAAGCUAGAUAUUGAUCUCAUGGAGGAAUACUUGGAUAAGUAUUGUAAGGGCAUAGUACCGUUUGGCCCGUAUGAAGAUCACUUGUUAGGAUACUGGAAGGAAAGCCUGAAAAACCCGGAAAAGGUUUUGUUCUUGGAAUAUGAAGGGAUGAAGAAAGAACCGAAAUCUCAUUUGAAAAGGUUAGCGGAGUUUGUUGGUUGCCCGUUUUCGGAGGAGGAAGAAGAAGGAAAUGUUAUUGAUGAGAUAAUUGAGCUUUGUAGCCUUAAAAAUUUGAAAGAAGUGGAAGUCAAUAAGAGUGGCAAGUUCUUCGGUAGGGUUGGGAACAAGGCUUUGUUUGGGAAAGGAGAAGUGGGAGGUUGGAAUAAUUACUUGACUCCUUCAAUGGCUAAACAAUUUGAUCAAAUGCUACAAAAGCUUAAGGAGGCUGGAUUUUCUUUUACACAUUAUAAAACAUAAUUUAUUUGAAGCUCCGUGCAAAAUAAACUAGAGAAAGAAAUUCAAUAAAACAAUUUGAUCCUAGAUUUAUUUUGUGUUUGUAUUACUCACUAUGUAUCAUUUUACUUGUCGAAUUUUUGUGUGUUUGUAUUACUACUCAUAAAAUUUGGUCAAUUAUGAUGACUAAAAUGAGACGGGUAGACUAUUAUGGUUGUAAUUUAAUAAAGUUAUUGUACCUCAUUUUGGGGAAAAAUUGGCCACGGUUGUGCCGAGUAAAUGCUAAGUGUUAAGUGUUGAUUAAUAA